AUGAAGCAACGAGGUGAGUCAGUGACUAUGACGUGUGAUUACGACCUGGAAGGCGGCAAGUUAUAUUCCGUAAAGUGGUACAGAGACAACGAAGAGUUUUAUAGAUAUAUGCCGCGGUUGCGACCGCCACAGCACGCACAUAGGUUAGAGGGAGUCAAAGUAGAUCUGGAGAGGUCAAGCGCUAGGCGAGUACAUCUCCGGGACUUAACUCUAAAAUCCCGAGGCCUAUAUCGCUGCGAGGUGUCUGAAGAGGCGCCGUCUUUUCAUUCCGCACAAUCUGAGUCUUUCAUGGAAGUUUAUUAUUUUUCACGUGAAAACCCGCGUAUAGCGGGCCACGAACGUCCCUACGAAUUACAUGAACCGCUGGAUGUCAAUUGCUCAUCGGCUAAAGCAUAUCCAGCGCCAGUUUUGGAAUGGCACAUGGAUGGGCAAGUGGUAACUGAACCAUCCUGGUUGGUAGAAUAUGAACCUGCGCCGAUUUCACAAGGGUUUUUCAUAUCAACUUUGGGUUUACGUGCCCCAGCAAGACCAUAUCUUCGGCUACGAUGUGUUGCAAUCGUAGCAAAUCAUAGAAGAGAACGAACAGUCGUUAUAGAAACAAACUCAUCAAAUGGCCACAGAGAAUCCAGUUUUCUUCUAGUAUAUGUAGCAAUAAUCAGUGUUAUUUUAAUACACAAAGAAAAGCUUUGA